AAAGGAUGGGUUAGAUUCCCAUCCACGGCGCAACAGAAAGCCGCCGUCAAGGAAGGCUUUCUUAGCCGUGGAAAAAUUCCAGGAGUUCUAGGAUGUGUGGACGGGAGUCUGAUAGCCAUCGUUCGCCCUAAGAAGCUCGGCCCCGGCGAAACGGAAUCGUACUGGAGCCGUAAAGGGUAUUACGCCCUCAACUGCAUGGUCGUGUGCGACGCGAAGCUGAAAAUCCUGGCAAUUGACCCACGGUUUCCGGGAUCGUGCCACGAUUCUUUCGUCUGGAGGCAUUCUGCAUUUCGCCGCCGCCUCACUCGUGGCCUGUUACUUCAUGGAGAAGUCUUGCUUGGGGACUCUGGGUACCCGCUAGAGCCAUGGAUCACGACUCCUGUGCCUGGUCACCCAAAUCGCCUCACGGCAGAGGGGCGCUAUAAUGAGGCACACGCAUCAAUGCGAAAUGCCGUUGAGCGGUGCAUAGGAGUAGUCAAGAGCCGCUUCCGAUGCCUGCAGAGGUAUCGGGUGCUCCACUACUCGCCUCAGAAAGCAGCCACUAUUGUUGCAGCUUGUGCAGCGCUGCAUAACCUCUGCCUUGCAGCAGGCGACCCAGAUGACCCAGAUGACGACGGGUAUGCUGGUGCGGCCCGCAAGGGGGGCAACGUCGCAGCAGACUCCGGCUCCGGCCCAGCCCACAACGAGUGUGGUUGCGGCCUUGCCACCAGCCCCCCUGGCCCCAGCGGCCAAGGCGCCCUGAAGGAUCUUUGA